AAAAUUGUCAUUUCAGCAGUUUCAGAUAUGCCAAAACUUCAAGACUCCAGAUCAGCCCCAAAUCUCUGAUUCGCCUCCUCCGCCACCUUCUCCACCAAAAUUUCCGCCUACUCUUUACCCUAUAUAUCACACACAAAUUCUACACUCUGAGCAGCUGAGCCCACUUCAGAAAUCAAUCACUCCAUCAAUAUGAAGGCUUCAAUCAAGUUCAGGGAUGAGCAGAAGCCAUUGCUCAGAGCUAAAAUCCCGUUGAACAUUCUUAACUUCCCGUUUCAGUCUGGGGUUUCCGCCGGAGAAUCCAAAGAAUUGUCUCUUAAUCUCAGCACCUUUUUUGAUUCCGGGCCUUCGCUCAAGUUCUCUUACCGCCCCAAUGAUUCACAAAACCCCUUCAGCUUCAUUUUCAAAACCGGGAUUGGGCAUUUCGGAUCGCCCAUCAAGAGCCCUUUAACCAUGAGUGCUGAAUUUAACCUCAUCGGCAAUCAGAACCCCAGCUUUUUCAUCCACUUCAAGCCCGAUUUCGGCGAUUUUUCCCUCAAGAAAUCGCAUUCCUCUGUUUUUGUCAAGAAUUCUGGGGAGAAAUCAAACGGAGAGGUCGUCGAUGAGGAAAGCUUUGUGAAUAAUGGGUAUUUUAAGGGGAGAGGUUUCCUCCCGGCGACGGUCGAAUCGAAGGCCGCGGCGGGGCUGGUGUUGAAUGGGCUGGUUAAAGGUGCAGAGCUGAGCGCCAGGACGGCCAUGCCUGUAAGGGAUUUUGCGAUGGUGAACUUUCGGUGGGGGCUUAGGGUUCCGCCGCAGGAGGCGGCGGCGGAUGAAGUGGACGCGGUCGUGGUGGGGAGGAGGGAUGACCGGACGGGUGGGAUUAGGCUGCCCCUGUUGGUGAUGAACAAAAUAGCAAUCGAACACGUGUCAAAAGAUAACUCGAAGAGUGAGAAAGCAGGGCCCAGUGAGAAGUAUGACAAACUGGCAGAGGCGUGUUUGGAAGUCAAGAAACAGCUUGAUGUAAUUCAAGCUGAGAAUGGGCUUUUGAGCAAGGCUUUGAGCGAGUUAAGAUCAGACAUAGCUGCCGGAAAAAUGGACUUCUUAUCCGAACACCAGCGCAACAAAUACUCGGGCAGUGGUGGAAUCGACCGAAGGGGCGGUACCGACAAGAAAUACUCGGGUGGUGGAGCUGAUCGGAGGGGCAACAGUGACAAGAAAUCAUCGGAUGGUGGGGAAAGCAAAUGAUGGAUUAAAGAUGGCUUAAUCUAUCGAUUCUUGUUGUUGCACUUGAUUCAUAUACGAGUAUGAGUGAAAGAUAUUAGUUUUGUUUAAGGUUGCUUGGAUGUUUAUGAAUGGUGUUUUUGGAGUUGUAAGGAUAUGGAGUGGUGGUCUGUUUUGGUGUAGUGUUGAAUUAUAAUAUGAUGGUGUAAAUUGCAUAGUUAUGAGAAAUAUUGUGAAUGUUGUUGUGAGUUUUCAUGUGUCCAUGAAUGCCAAUCUUGAUUCUUCAUUACUA